ACACGUUUUCUCCCUCUAUAUAUAAGUAGUGACCAUCUCCCCCGUUCUCCCCAAAGCCCAAACCACCAUUGUACCACCGCGCACGGCGGAGAAUAGAGCUUACAGUCAUACCUCAUUUCCCCAGGGAAAAAAAAAAAAAAACCUCAAAUCCAUGGCCUUGUCGGCUCCUCAUCUUCUUCUUCUUCAGCUCUUCAUUUCGUGGAUAUUCUUCUUACCUAGGCUGUGUCUUUGUUCAGUGAUGCAACCAGUGUUGUUACCACUCAAGGCGAAGGCCAUUCCGGCUGGCUCGAUUCUCCGGCCACCCAACAAGCUCUCUUUCCGCCACAACGUCUCGCUGACAGUCUCCCUCUCCGUCGGCACUCCGCCGCAGGAAGUCACCAUGGUGCUCGACACCGGCAGCGAGCUUUCCUGGCUUCACUGCAAGCGGACGCCAAACGCGGCCUCCGUUUUCGAUCCGGUCCGGUCCUCUUCCUACUCGCCCGUACCCUGUUUGUCGCCCACCUGCAAGACCCGGACCCGGGACUUCUCCAUACCCGUUUCCUGCGACUCCAAGCAGCUCUGCCACGCCACGCUCGCCUACGCCGACGCCUCCUCCGUCGAAGGCAACCUGGCCACAGAGACCUUCCGGGUCGACGAUUCCGGCCUUCCGGGUUUGGUGUUCGGUUGCAUGGAUUCGGGUUCGAGCUCCAACCCGGGCGAGGACUCCAAGACGACCGGGUUAAUAGGCAUGAACCGGGGGUCUCUAUCUUUCGUCAGCCAAAUGCGUUCUCCCAAGUUCUCGUACUGCAUUUCAGGCCGUGACUCGUCGGGUAUUCUGCUCUUCGGGGAGGCCCGGUUCCCCUGGCUCCGACCCUUGAACUACACGCCCUUGGUCCAAAUCACGACCCCCUUACCCUACUUCGACCGGGUUGCGUACACGGUCCAGCUCGAGGGAAUAAAAGUAUCGGGGAAAACCCUACCCCUAGCCAAAUCCGUCUUCGAGCCCGACCACACCGGUGCGGGUCAAACAAUGGUCGACUCGGGUACCCAGUUCACCUUCCUCCUCGGCCCGGCUUACAACGCUCUGAAAAACGAAUUCCUGCAACAAACCAAAGGCCUGCUCCGCCCUCUGGGAGACCCAAACUUCGUAUUCCAAGGAGCCAUGGACUUAUGCUACCGGGUCGAAUUAACCCGCGCAACGCUGCCCCAAUUACCCACCGUGACCCUCAUGCUCCGGGGCGCCGAAAUGAGCGUAUCGGGCGAGAGACUACUGUAUCGGGUGCCCGGCAUGGUGAGGGAAAAAGAUUCGGUGCAUUGCUUCACAUUUGGCAACUCUGAUCUGCUGGGCGUGGAAGCCUAUCUGAUCGGACAUCAUCAUCAGCAGAACAUGUGGAUGGAGUUCGAUCUGGCCAAGUCAAGGGUCGGAUUGGCCGAGGUUAGAUGUGACCUAGCUAGUCAACGGCUUGGCCUCGGGGUCUAACGCUACACUGCUUCUUCAAGGCCCCACUCGGUCCAAUUGACUGCUGAUCACAGCCCGACACGUGACAGCGAAAGAUCAUAUAAAAAAAAUUGUAAAUCUCUGGUCUGUACUAUUAUUGAGUCAAUAUAGAAAGGCGUAGUGGUGGGAUUAGGUGGGUUGGGUUUGAUAUGGAAGUGACGGCUGGGGGGAUCUGUAUAGUGCGGUUGUAGGGAUGUACCGUGGGGACGUGCUACAAGGGAUAAAGAUGUUUCUUUUCUUGAACUUUUGACGGCAGAAGUCAGAGUUACAGCCUGGCAACUUCACUUGCCAGCCGCCGUGUCGCUUUCCCAAAUCCCACUUUCCGUCUUUGCUGUUGAUAAUAAUAAUAAUAUUUCAUAUUUCCCCA